AUGGCAAAGGACAAGAGCACCAAGAAGGCCGCCGCCCCCAAGGUCGAGGCCACCAAGGUCAAGUCUGGUCGCGUUACCAAGGCUGAGGACCCCAAGAAGAGCAAGGACGUCGCAAAGAAGGUCGUCGAUGCCACCAAGAAGUCCAAGAAGAGCAAGAAGGAGCCCACUCCCGAGCCUUCCAGCGACUCCGACGAGGAGAUGGACUCCGACAGCUCCAGCUCUUCCGACUCCGAGUCUGAGGCCGAGGCCAAGCCCGUCUCUAAGAAGGCUGCUAAGAAGGAGGAGUCCUCCGACUCUUCUGACUCUGACAGCUCCGACUCCGAGGACGAGAAGCCCGCCGCUAAGGCCGUCGAGGCCGAGUCAUCUGACUCCGACUCUGACAGCAGCGACGACGAGUCUGACGCCAAGCCCGCCGCAAAGAAGGCCGACUCUGACAGCUCUGACUCCGAGUCUGAGGACGAGAAGCCCGCCGCCAAGGACGCUUCUGACUCCGACUCCGACUCAUCCGACUCUGACUCUGAGGAGGAGGUUAAGAAGACCGAGGAGCCCAGCAAGAAGCGCAAGGCCGAGGAGGCCCCUGCCGCUUCCUCCAAGAAGGUCAAGGUCACCGCCGAGGGCCAGUUCGGUGAGCCCAGCAAGGUUCUCUUCGUUGGUGGUCUCUCAUGGAACGUCGACGAGGACUGGCUCUCCAAGGAGUUCGAGGAGUUCUCUCCCGUCUCCGUCAGAGUCAUCACCCACGCCGACUCCGGCCGCUCCAAGGGUUUCUCAUACGUCGAGUUCACUGACGUCGAUGCCGCCACCGAGGCUCUCAACGCCAAGCACGGUACCGACCUUGAUGGCCGUACCCUCAAGUGCGACUUCAGCACUCCCAGAGACAACAGCAACCGCAGCUACGACAAGAACCAGGUCGGUGCCCGCGCCAACACCUUCGGUGACAAGCAGCAAGGCGCUCCUUCCACCACCCUCUUCGUCGGCAACGUCUCAUUCAACACCACCACCGACAGCCUUACUGGUUACUUCUCCGAGUUCGGAAGCAUCAACAGCAUCCGUCUCCCCACCGACCGCGAGACUGGCGCCCCCAAGGGCUUCGGUUACGUCGAGUUCGGCUCCGUCGAUGAGGCCAAGGCUGCCCUCGAGGGUCUUAACGGCGCUGACGUCGAUGGCCGCAACAUCCGCCUGGACUUUGCUGCUCCCCGUGACAACAACGGCGGUGGUGGUGGUGGCUUCGGCGGCGGCCGUGGCGGCGGUGGUCGCGGUGGUCGUGGCGGCUUCAACGACCGUGGUGGCCGUGGCGGUGGCCGUGGCCGUGGAGGCUUUGGCGAUCGUGGUGGUCGCGGUGGCCGUGGUGGCGGUCGUGGUGGAUCGACCAACCGUGGUGGAUUUGGCGACUUCCAGGGCAACCGCAUGUCUUUCGACUAA